AGACAUCAUUCAGACAAAAAACGGGGAUUCCCCAAAGCACGCAAUAUACAGCCGUGCAAUAAUUUCAUUCCCAAUGGGUUCCACCCCCUAACAUUCAUGCAUUAGCAGCAGACGGAGACAAAGCCUUCAAAGGCGCGGUGGAGUUAAGUGCUAACUCCGGUGGGUCCCAGUCUGCCAAAUUACAGGCUUCGUCACAAUCAGCAUAGACCAUGGCUGAGCCAGGCAAGAAGGCUCAAUGUAGGAGAAGAGGCAGACCCAACAGGAGAAACAACAAAAUGCCCUCCAAUGAUGAGCUGAAGCUUUGCACAGCGUAUCUGUACCGCAAAGACGGCUGUAGCAGAGAGGAUGACUGUAACUCUCUCCAUAUCUGCCGCCACUACAUACUGCAGCCUUGCCGAGCUGGGAGUGCCUGCAAAUUCUCCCACGACCUCAGUGGCAGGCAACCAAGAGCCUUGUUCCGCAGACGAUUUGGGAUUGAGCACCUAGACGGACAAUCGCUGCAUAAAUUCAGGCAGCUUUUUGCUGCAACUCUGAGAAAGCCGCCCACCGAAACCUCAGACCAGGAAGAGCACGGGGACAGUGGGAUAGAGCCCCAGGAAAAGUUGAUGAAUUUCCUGCUGAGUUUCGAGCUUGCUGAUGAAACAUCUUCACAAGAUAAUUAUCAUGAUGACAACGAAGAUUGCUCGAAGGGGAAGGAGCCAUACGGACAGACAACCCAACAAGCUAGGCCGUGGCAGAACAAACAGCCCAAGAUCUGCUCCUUCUUUGUGGACGGGGUCUGCAAAUUCACCUCCCACUGGGGUUUCAGGCACUGCUCCAGUCCAUACCAGUGGCAGAUUCGAGAUGGCAUGUGCGCUGACUGGCUGGACUUCACGCGGCAGCCAAAUGACACAAUCGAGGAACAGUUCUGCGAUGUCAGAAAUGGACAGUUCAGUGGAGCCAUUCUUGCUUGUUCUGAGGAAAACAUGAACAGUGUUUUCUACAAAGUGACGAUAACAUUCGGCGUGGAGUCUUUCGGUGUCAUUAAUAACAACAAGAAUGACAGAGACUUGGAUGUGCGACGUCUUUGCACAGUGUCUGAAGCACAACCAGGCCGUCCCCGGAAGGGUCAUAGCACUCUGUGGACGUGGUACUGGCAGGACACCAACCAAAACUGGAUCAAGUUUCCGAAUUCAGAUUCCUGUUCCCCUUUGUCAAGCAGCCUUGAAAUUGAAAGGAAAUAUCUGAAAUUCGAGAUUCAGAAAGGAUCGCCUCAGUUCGACGUCACUACAAAGCUGGGCGAAUGCCAGAUUGACUUUUCCCAAAUGGAACUGAUGAGUCCAGCGUUGGACUACCCUCAUCCCCUGGCACGAAGACCCAAGUGGAAGCCAUCAUCAGAACAAGGAUCUUGUGAUGGACAAAGUGAUCCUGUGGGCAGAACGGGGCCAAACAAAUCCGGCGCUCCUAAAAAAUCAAGCAUUCGCACCCGAAAACUAUCACGUGGGGGUCUUCAAGACACUCAAGCUGCUUACAACUCUGAAGUGGGUAAGGGUACGGAAAGCUUACUGGGCGUGCCCAGGGAAACAGACGUGCCUCCUUCAAAGAAAGCCUCGUCUGUGCAAAAGGAUUUGUACGUCAAAACAAAGAAGGCUGAAUCCUUGGCCCAUCCCUCAGCAUCGUCAGACACUGGAGCUUCUCUUUCCUCUGAAGAGGGAAGAAAAACUAAAUUCCCAAAAGCUGCAGAGAGGCUUUCCAAAGCUCCCCAGCCUGUUGAACCGGGAGCGCAGUUACUCGCAUCCAAGAAGCCUAAAGCAUUAACGGAUGACCAAUCUGGGGAGCAGUUAGCCAGCUUCCUUAAAGCACGAGCAAGUGAUCUAGGUGAUCAUGAGGAACCAGUGUUGCAAGAAAGCCCCAUGAAGCCGCAGGAAAGUGUCCAAGUUGUCCGACCCAAGACCAAGAACCCAUCAGGUCCAUCCCAGAUCCUUCCACUGAUCUCUUCCACCUCUGACACCACAUUGAUGAAAGACAACCAGGUGAUUGAUCUAGGUGAUCAUGAGGAACCAGUGUUGCAAGAAAGCUCCAUGAAGCCGCAGGAAAGUGUCCAAGUUGUCCGACCCAAGACCAAGAACCCAUCAGGUCCAUCCCAGAUCCUUCCACUGAUCUCUUCCACCUCUGACACCACAUUGACAAAAUACAGCCAGCCGACCCGUCGUCCAAACCAGAGGGAGUUCACCUACAUCUGCCCGUACUUUUUACGGGGCAGGUGCAUACACCAGGAUGAUAAGUACACUCACAAGCGUCACUUCCCUACCCCGUACCAGUGGCAGUUCCUAAACACGAUGGUUCACGGAGCAGACUGGCAGGAUUUUCCCUCCGCUGAGAACGAUCAUGUGGAGAAGUCAUUUUGUGAUGUGCAACGCGGCACCCAUUCCAGUUUAAGUGGUGUACCACCUAUAGGGGACAUCUUUUUUGAAGGAACUCGCAUGCAUGGAUCAACAAUUGACAUUCUCAUCCGUCGCUUGUCCACCUCGUCCAGUAUCUUGAAGAGCAACUGGGAGAACGCGUUCUGCACCGAGUGGAUCUGGUAUUGGCGUGAUGAGACAGGAAAAUGGAUUGUGUAUUCCGAACAGAAUUCCAAAGGCAUACAUGCAGGCAUCGACAGUGCCGCCAUUGAGGAGAAGUUCCUGGUCUAUGAAAGCAAAAAUGGGGAGUCAGUUGUCAACUUUAUGGCUGGGAAUCAACAAUACACACUGGACUUCACUGCAAUGGAGCAGACUAAUGUGCAUUACAGAACACGCCGAGAAGUCCGGCGAAGACCUAAGUUUGUUGCCAUGGACGAGCGCAAGAUGCUGGCAAAGGAGCUAUCUAAAGCGCAAGCAGGUGGUGUUGUCGUGCCAACCACCUGGGAUAAUCGAGGCACACAGACAGAAAUGAAACUGGUCAGGCUGACGGACUACACCAGCCCUGAAUACACCGUCAUCGCCAACUUGUUCUGGGACACCAUGGAUAACAAGGGAAACAUCGUCUCCAUCCAGAGAAUACAAAACCUGGAACUCUGGGAAGACUUCUACAAAAAGGGUGAACGAAUGAAGAAGAAAAAUGGUAGCAAAGUUGUCUCUACCAAGCAGCUAUUUCACGGAACGACGUCAGAAAAAUAUGCUAGCGCCAUCUGCAGUCAGAAUUUUGACUGGCGACUCAGCGGAAGUAACGUUGGUACUCGGUAUGGCAAAGGCAGCUACUUUGCCCGCGACGCUGUCUUCGCCCAUAGCUACACCAAGUCCGACGAUCUCAACCACCGCUAUAUGUUCGUCGCAAAAGUUCUGGUGGGCACCUAUUCAAACGGCCAAUCAGAAUAUACGAGGCCGCCUCCCAAAGACCCGCAGAAGCCACUAGAAGACCUGUAUGAUUCCUGCGUGAACGACACGGCAGAUCCCAAGAUAUAUGUCAUCUUUGAAAAAACCCAGGUGUACCCCGAAUAUCUGAUCAAGUACAGUGAGGUGUCCAGGUACCAGACUGCUCCGACCUACAUGUCUGGCAGCACCGCACCACGAAGCAGAGUUACUCUAACCACCCAAAACCCAUCUACUUCCAGAACCCAAAGCCAAUACACACCCUCCAAUUCUGGGACCCAAAGACCAACCACUACCCCUUCAACUUCAUCUGCCUACUCGCAGAGCGGAUACACCCGUGCAUCUUCUAAUCAGUCCCAACAAAAACAACAAAGCAAGUGCACCAUACAUUUGGGCACAUUAAAUGUUGUUAUUGCAAAGGCGCAGUGGAGUCAAGUGGUAGCUCCGGUGGGCCUCAGUUUGCCAAAUUACAGGCUUCAUCAUAAUCAGCAUAGAUCACGGCUGAGCCGGGCAAGAAGGCUCAACGUAGCAAAAGAGGCAGACCCUACAGGAGUAACAACUAACAACAAAAUGUCCUCCAAAGAUGAGCUGAAGCUUUGCACAGCGUAUCUGUACUACAAAGACGGCUGUAGCAGAGAGAACUACUGUAACUCUCUCCAUAUCUGCCGUCACUACAUACUGCAGUCUUGCCGAGCCGGAAGUGCCUGCAAAUUCUCCCACGACCUCAGUUGCAGGCAACCGCAAGCCUUGUUCCGCAGACAGUUCAGGAUUAAGCACCUAAAUGGUCAGUCACUGCAUAAAUUCAGGGAGCUUUUUGCGGCGACUCUGAGAAAGCCGCCCAUGGGAAGGUCAGACCCCCAGGAAAAGUUGAUGAAUUUCCUGCUGAGUUUCAAGCAUUGUGAUGAAACAUCUUCACAAGAUAAUUAUCGUGAUUGUGAUGACAGUGAAGAUCACUCAAGGGGGAAGGAGCCUUACCGACGGACAACCCAACAAGCUCGGCCCUGGCUGGACAAAUAUCUCAAGAUCUGCUCCUUCUAUGUGAGCGGGGGCUGCAAGUUCACCUCCUCGCACCAGGGUUUCAGGCACUGCUCCAGUCCUUACCAGUGGCAGAUUCGAGAUGGAAGGCGCUCUGACUGGCUGGACUUCACGCGGCAGCCAAAUGACGCAAUCGAGGAACAUUUCUGCGAUGUCAAAAAUGGAGAGUUUAGUGGAGCCAUUCUUGCUUGGUCUGAGAAAAACAUGAAAAGAGUUUUCUACAAAGUGACGAUAACAUUCGGCGUGGAGUCUUUCAGCGUCAGUAGUCACAGGAAUGACAGAGACUUGGAUGUGCGACGUCUUUCCACAGUGUCAGAAGCAGGCCGUCCCCGGAAGGGUCAUAGCACUCUGUGGACGUGGUACUGGCAGGACAUCAACCAAAACUGGAUCAAGUUCCCGAAGUCAGAUUCCUGUUCCCCCUCGUCAAGCAGCCUUGAAAUUGAAAGGAAAUAUCUGAACUUCGAGAUUCAGAAAGGAUCGCCUCAGCUCGACGUCACUACAAGGCUGGGCGAAUGCCAGAUUGACUUUUCCCAAAUGGAACUGACGAGUCCAGCACUGGACUACACUCGUCCCCUGGCACGAAGACCCAAGUGGAAGCCAUCAUCAGAACAAGGAUCUUGUGAUGGACAAAGAUAUUGGCAGUUCUCUAUCCCAAGUGAUCCUGUGGGCAGAACGGGGCCAAACGAAUCCGGCGCUCCUAAAAAAUCAAGCAUUCGCACCCGAAAAGUAUCGUGUGGGGGUCUUCAAGAUACUCGAACUGCUUACAACUCUGAAGUGGGUACGGAAAGCUUACUGGGCGUGCCCUGGGAAACAGACAUGCCUCCUUCAAAGAAAGCCUCGUCUGUGCAAAAGGAUUUGUACGUCAAAACAAAGAAGGCUGAAUCCUUGGCCCAUCCCUCAGCAUGGUCAGACACUGGAGCUUCUCUUUCCUCUGAAGAGGGAAGGAAAACAAAAUUCCCAAAAGCUGCAGAGAGGCUUUCCAAAGCUCCCCAGCCUGUUGAAGCGGGAGCGCAGUUACUCGCAUCCAAGAAGCCAGAAGUCCUAUUUGGGGAGCAGUUAGCCAGAAUUCUUAAAGCACGAGCCAGUGAUCUAGGUGAUCGUGAGGAACCAGCAUUGCAAACCUAUUUGAAGCCUCAAGAAAGUGUCCAAGUUGUCCGACCCAAGACCAGGAACCCAUCAGAUCCAUCCCAGAUUCUUCCACCAGUCUCUCCUACCUCUGAAACCAUGACGAUGAAAGACAACCAGGCGACCCGUCGUCCAAACCAGAGGGAGUUUACCUAUAUCUGCCCGUACUUUUUACGGGGCAGGUGCAUAUACCAGGAUGAUAAGUACACUCACAAGCGUCACUUCCCUACCCCGUACCACUGGCAGUUCCUGGACACGACGGUUGAAGUCAGGGAAUGGCAGGACAUUCCUUCCACUGAGAAUGAUCGUGUGGAGAGGUCAUUUUGUGAUGUGGAAUGCAACGAGCAUUACAGUUUCAGUGGUGUGCCAUGGCCUAUAAUGUACAUCUAUUUCGAUGGAACUCGCAUGCAUGGUUCAACGAUUGACAUUCCCCUCCGUCGCUUGUCCACCUCGUCCAGUAUCUUGAAGAGUAACUGGGAGAAGGCAUUCUGCACCGAGUGGAUCUGGUAUUGGCAGGACGAGACAGAAAAAUGGAUUGUAUACUCUGAACAGAAUGCUAAAGGCUUACAGGCGGGCAUCGACAGUGCCACCAUUGAGCAGAAGUUUGUGGACUAUGAGAGGACAAAUGGGGAGUCGGUCAUCAACUUUACCGCUGGGACUCAACGAUACACACUGGACUUCACUGCAAUGAAGCAGACUAAUGUCCGAUACGGUACACGCAGAGAAGUCCGGCGAAGACCCAAAUUUGUAGCCAUGGACGAACGCAAGAUACUGGCAAAGGAGCUUUCUAAAGCACAAACAGGCGGUGUUGUCGUGCCAACGACCUGGGAUAAUCGAGGCACACAGACAGAAAUGAAACUGGUCAGGCUGACGGACUACACCAGCCCUGAAUACACCGUCAUCGCCAACUUGUUCUGGGACACCAUGGAUAACAAGGGAACCAUCGUCUCUGUCGAGAGAAUACAAAACCUAGAGCUGUGGGAAGACUUCUACAAAAUUAGUGAACGAAUGAAGAAGAAAAAUGGCAGCAAAGCUGUCUGUACUGAGCAGCUGUUUCACGGAACGACAUCUAAAAAAUAUGCCAGCGCCAUCUGCAGUCAGAAUUUUGACUGGCGACUCAGCGGAAGUAACGUUGGUACUCGGUAUGGCAAAGGCAGCUACUUUGCCCGCGACGCUGUCUUCGCCCAUAGCUACACCAAGUCCGACGAUCUCAACCACCGCUAUAUGUUCGUCGCAAAAGUUCUGGUGGGCACCUAUACAACCGGCCAAUCAGAAUAUACAAGGCCGCCACCCAAAGACCCGCGGAAGCCACUAGAAGACCUGUAUGAUUCCUGUGUGAACGACACGGCAGAUCCCGAGAUAUAUGUCAUCUUUGAAAAAAACCAGGUGUACCCCGAAUAUCUGAUCAAGUACAGCGAGGUGUCCAGGUACCAGCCAGCACCCACACCUGCACCACGAAGCAGAGUUCCUCCAGCCACAGCCCAGCGAGUACCAGUUGGGAACCCAUAUACCACCUCUAGUUCCAGAACCCAAAGCCAAUAUGCCACAUCUAGUUCUAGAACCCAAAACCCAUAUGCCACAUCUAGUUUCGCAGCCCAAAACCCAUAUGCCACAUCUAGUUCUAGAACCCACAACCCAUAUGCCACAUCUAGUUCCACAGCCCAAAACCCAUAUGCCACAUCUAGUUCCACAACCCAAAACCCAUAUGCCACAUCUAGUUUUAGAACCCAAAGCCAAUACACAUCCUCCAGACCCGGGACCCAAAGCCCAACCACUACCCCUUCAACUUCCGCCAACUCACAGAGCGGAUACACCCGUACAUCUUCUAAUCAGUCACAACCAAAACAACAAAGCAAGUGUACCAUACAGUAACACAAAUGCAAGUACCCUCAAGUGGAAGACCAGAUGAAGGUUUAACCCUUGGUAUGUUGCUUCCAGCCUGAGAACUGUGCACAAAUACCACGUCAAUGGUUACAAUGAGAGGAGGGAUGUAUUACUGCUAUACAGACGUGAUGUUAAUGUCAAGAUGCUAUGUGUUUUGGGCAUUCUUAAUAUGAAAAUUUAUCAUGCUUACUUCUACAAUAAAUUCUUGAACAGAGCAAGCAAUUCAAUUUAAUUCAAAUAAACAUUUAUUUCCAUAUACAGCCAAUACACAAUAGAUAAUGAUUAUUCAUAAUCAUACAAAAACUAGAAAAUUACAUUAGAGACCUAAAACAAAGCACAUAUAAGGCCAGGUUCAUGCAAGAACUAUUGGUACAUGUAUAUAUAACCAUAGUUUGACUAUGUUAGCCCGAACUCUGUCUAGUCGACGAUGGGUGGACUACUCUAGUCUAGUAAAUAUUGUAACAAAAUUUGAUUUUAUUAUUGUCCCAAUUGCACCUUUAAACUAUAGAGAGUGCUUUGGCCACAGUGAUCUAUGGUAGUCAUGUAUUGCACCUGUUUUUAAGUCAGAUUAAUGCCACAAAACUAUUUCUGAGCUUAGUUUGUUCAACUUAACCUACUUAAUCCACAAUAGAUAGUAUUUGGGCUGCAGUCAAACCACAGAUGGAGCUCUCAUUGUAGUCUUUAUUAUUUACUCUCGCAGUGCUAGGGAUAUAUGUUCCUCGCCUGUAUACCUCUGCACUUUGUGUUUAUGCAAAUAUCUCCAAGCAAGAAAGACACACUGCAUCAGCAUUCGUGAAAUUCUUCGUGCAUAUUUUGACCCAGCACUAUCAAACUCCUUUGAAAGCCCAGAAGGGCGUGGACUUAAUUGUGACUGGGGCAUGGUAGUGUGCAUAGUUCCUUAUUUUCUAAGUGCCUGUACAUGUAUGGCUAGUUUAACCUUUUUUUGUGCAAGACGCAGUGUUCUUUAAUUUGCAUCACCACCACCACCAUUACACCAAAGGGUUCAUGGUCUGCAUAGUCUUGUGAGUAUGUUCCAAUUUUACCCCCUUGUACCCAGUAGUUUUUACAUUGCCUAGUAGACUACAGUGUCCCAUCGUAGUGGUCCCCAGUCUGAGUUCUUAGCUCUGUCAGUAACUAGUCAUUUAAAUUAUAUUAUUCAUAUUUGCAUGCUCUCCCCUGGUUAAUUAUUUUGUAAGCAAAGAAGCACUAAUUCAAUUUGCAUUAUU